UCAAAAAUCAGUAAAGGAAUGUGAUUAAUCGCAUAAUCAACAAUGUUUUAUCGAACAAAUCUAGGAAAUUGUUGUUAUCUUAGUUUAUUGAACGUGAACCUUAAAAAUUAGAGAUUUUUCUUUGUUUUUGUAACAUAAGAAGUGAAUUUUUUUGUACGAUUUUAUUUAAAUUACAUUAGGAAUUAUGUGGAAAUGUCACAAAUGCCAAAAACCUGUAUAUUUUGCUGAACGUCAACAAAGUCUCGGCUUUGAUUGGCACCCUGAAUGUCUUCGUUGUCAUGAAUGCGGCAAACGCUUGCAACCUGGUCAACAUGCUGAUCAUAAAGGCGAUCCCUAUUGUCAUGUUCCUUGUUAUGGAGCACUCUUUGGUCCACAACUUUUUGGACACGGAACUCGUGUAGAAUCACAUAAAAGUUUUGGUCAACCAAAAACAGUUGCAGCACCAAAAGUCACCAAUGGUCCUGUCAUACCACGUGCACAUAUAGAUGCAAAGUUAAAAACUUACAAUAAUUUUUUUGACAGCAAUAGUCUUGAAGUGAGAUCACGUGAACUUCAUGGAAAGCUAGUUCUAGAAGGUGUUCUACGGAUUUAUUGGGGUAUUCAAGGAGUUAUUCAUUUGAAAGAGGAAGAUGAUCAAAGAACUGUCGUUACUAUCCGAAAACGCAAUUCUGUUCGUUAUCCCAACUCUGUUGAUAUUAUUCGUGAAAGUAUUGUUGCAACUGAUCAGGCAGUAGCCGCAAGUGACAACGAUACAACCAUAUCAGAAUCAUUGUCAUAUGACAGUAUCAGCAUCUCAUCUGAUGUUAACUCAUUAAGUUCAAGUGGAAGUGGAAGUUCUUCAUCAAAAGAGACAUCUCCAAUACAUGCAAGCAAUAGCAAUACUUUGCCAUCAAAAUUAGACAUCAAGAAAAUUGGAUGGGACGAUAUUGAUGAGUUAUUGCAAGUAGAACGCAGGGACGAUCAAAUUAGAUACUCAACGAUGCCAUCACCGAUGACGUCCAGCAUGACAGAUAGCCAAAUUUCGAAUAUUAGUCUUGAUGAUACAUCUAGUUAUAAAACUUUAUCUCCCGAUGGAGAGACUACAUCUCCAUCAUCAAGUGUUUAUUUCUCUCAACUAGACUCAUCAACUGACAAUAAAGUUUCAAGUGCAGAUGAUGAGGAUACGCCUACUUUAAAGCCAUGCGAUUUUGAAGAUUUUAAGCGACAAGCAAAUCAGGAAUUUGUUAAUGGUGCCAAUGAAAUGCCAUCUAUUCAAGAUGGAACAUUAAAAAUUAAUCAACCAAUUGAUCCGUCACGAAUCAAUGACUCAUUGAAGCUUUAUCAAGAUAAUAUUAUGAACAGAAGUGUUCAAAGUGAAGAUGGAAUGAAUGUUUAUUCAUUAUCAAAUAGUUUCUAUAUUCCCGGACAAAUUAAAUCAUUUAAUAUUCAAGAUACAUUGAAUCUAUUGAAGAACUCUUCUUCAUCGUCAUCAUCAGAUGACAAAACACUCAAGCUAGAGGCCAAUAAGAUUCUGAAAAAAUCAAGUUCGAUGAAUACUUCAACAUCAUCAGUUGAAGACAGCAGUUGGUCGACUGAUAAAGGAAUUUCAAGGUCAAAAAGUGGACCAAAUUAUGCAGUCGCUAAUUUUGAAAGUGACACAGUCAAGCCAUCUGGAAGACCAGUUAUUAAAAUCAAAAUGGAUUGUUAUGAUGAAUUGAAUGGUUCCUCACCGCCAACGACACCCCACGAUGAUGAUGGAACUGAGUCUGUAGUGUUGAGAAAAAAGACGAAGGGCUCAACAGCCAUUAAACGACGUUCCGGCAAUCGAAGAUCCCGAACAAAAAUAAAACGCCGCUGUUCUAUUAACGGUCAUUUUUAUAAUCGUGAAACAUCCAUUUUCACACCACCAACUGGCUCACAAAUGAGCGUUUAUGCAACAUCAUUGCUCAAUAGUCAAGAGAUCAUCAAUUUGGUAAUGGACAAAUACAAAAUAGAAUCAAAGGCUGAAAAUUUUGCGCUUUUUAUUAUUCGCGAUAAUGGCGAACAAAAGAAAUUGACGAAUGAAGAUUUUCCGUUAAUGACUCGUGUAUUGAUGGGACCGCACGAAGAUGUAUCCAAGCUGUUUCUAAUGGAUGCCGGCGAAACGCAAGAAAUUAGUCCCGAAGUCGCACAAUUUGUCAAUCUAUCCAUUCCCGAAUGUCGAUCAAUAAUUGAAAGAUAUUACGAUGAAGAAGAACGCGAAAUGUUUAGAAUUCGUGAAAAAUAUGCUGAGCUCCGUAAACGAAUCGUUCAUCGAAUGGAGACAUUAAAAGUCCGAUUGUAAACUGUGAACGAAUUUUAUCAAGUCACAAAAGUGCUUCAUGCUUUUAAACGAACAAAUCCAAAAAUUGAACACACAAAAUGAAUUUUUACACAACAUUAUAUUAUUAUUUUUUAAAAAAUUAUGGAAGGAAACUGCAUCAAGUCCACA